AUGUUGUUCAUCGGGAUCGCGGGUGAUGAUGCCUCCACGCGACAUUUCUUGUGGGCUCUAUUUUUGGGCAUGUGCCUUGGUCUGCCGUACAUGGUCUUUGACUAUUGCCCAAUGUGUUUGGAGUUUAACCGCAGGAGCGCGUUGACCAAAAACGAUAAAACAAUGACGAUCUGUCAAGGUGCAAAGGGUGCAAUUUGGAAUCGGAUCGUGACGACGAAAUGGGAGGACUGGAGAGAAGAAUGCACUUGGCAAACUUUGUACUUUAGCGUAGGGACAUGGUUCUGCAUGUGGAUGAUGUGGAGGUGA